CCCAAACCGAAAGAGGCGAUUACUUUUUUGAGGCAUUAAGCCGAAAAGCUCCGGAAACUUGGGGAAGAGGAGAGUGAAGAUGUAGAGGGUGCCCGGAGUGGGGAAGUGAGAGGUUCUCUUGGGGUGAUGUCGGACUCAAUGCAAACUGUGCAGAGUGGGGGCUGCAUUCAACCUGUCACCACUCGGAGCGGCACCAAACGAGAGAGGCAGGGUGUCUAUCCUACGAUUGAUCAACUUUCCUCAAAUGACAGAGUUCUAGCCAAGAGUUGAUUACAUAAGCUACUGUCGCGGACGCCCAAUCCGUCACAGAGGCUCAGGACUAAUGUUCAAUCGUUGCCCUGAGCAUACGACAUGUGCGCAACGAGCCAAGUGGCCCUGUGGUCAUCACACCUGCCUCAAAUGUGCCCAGAAAAUGAUAGCUUGGGAAGCCGCUUGCCCUCAAUGCCGACAGCCCCAUGAAGGGAAAUAUUAUCUAUUGACCUCAGAAAUCCUAAAGCGGAUGGCAAGGACGGGCGAAUUACCGGAUUUGACCCUGCAUCCCACCUAUGGAAAAUCCGUCCCCUUCACUCCUGGUUCAAGAUCGAGGUCAAUCUCUCUAGGGUCAAGCCUAAGGACUUCACCACAAACGGGUGGAGUCAAUACCCCCGAACGAAGCGCGCUAUCCUCCCAGAGGCAGGGAGCCGCUGGAUCAGUCUCUUCCGCCUCACCGUUGACGCACAUUCGUUCUAGUGCAGGUCUCCAGCUAGUACAUUCCUCCGCCGCCACCUUUGAGAUUGAGCAAUUGAAACUCCACCUGGAAGCUUCUGAAAAGCUAAAAGAUUCCCUUUCGAAACGUGUCAAAACUCUGGAGACAGAAAAGACUCAAUUGCUACGCGCUCGUGACGAUGCUGUGAGGGAGAAAGGAGCACUUCAACGGAAGGAUAUCCAAGCUCUUGAAGACCGUCUUGAUGCUGCCGAGCGUGAAAAGAUUGAAUUAGUCAAGUCUCGAGAUCUUUCUGUGAUGGAGGCACGGGAGGCCCUCGAGAAGCAGAAAGCCGCUGAAGACAGGCGCGUCGAGGACGAACUGCGAUUCAUUAGGCAAUUGGGGGAAGAACGGAAAAAGAACAAGCGGUUUGCCCUAGAACUUAAUGACGCCGAGGACAGAGUCGAGAGAUUCCGCCAGACUGUGGAAACUUUGAAAAUUAAGGCAAGUCCUUUGUUUUGGGACAAAGAAAAGAUAAUCAACACUGAAUAAACACACAUAUGU